AUGUACGACGGGCAAGAGGAGCUGGACAACCUCGUAUGGGACAAGAAUGAGGAAGACUCUGAUGCAGCGGUGAAACAAUUGCGGCUCAAGGACACCUGCCGCAAGGUGGAAGCGCUCGCAGAAGAAAAAUUCGGGGCGUCAGCAGCCCUCAUAUCACCAUUGAUCCUCGGUGGUUUCAAUAUCCUCUACAGAAUACGCCUGCCUCAAAUUACACCCGACAUCAUGGUUCGGCUCCCAUGCCCUAGUCUUGUUCAGUUCCCGGACGAAAAGACGGCUCAAGAAGGCGCCACGGCCGCUUUUCUUGCCCAAAACACAAACCUCCCCGUCCCCAAAGUCCAUUGUUACGGCUGUGAUUCGCCCGUCGGCCCGUAUGUCAUCCUGGACCGAGUUGAGAAUCGAGGCAGCAUGUCAGCAAGGUUAACAAGGCCAAGCCGAGAUCCAUCAGCGCCUCACGUGUUGGAUCCGAAUGUUGCACAGGUUACUUUACAAGCCAUCUGGUGCCAAGUGGCCCAUUGUCUUGUACAGCUAUCGCGUCUUACCUUUUCUCGGAUCGGCUCCGUCGUCGAAGUCGAUAAAGGCAUUUACCAAGUUGCCCGCAGGCCAGUCACGCACAACAUGACAGACAUGGUUCGCCUUGCCAACGUUCCGCGCGACAUUCUCCCGCCACGGCACAAGACCUACGAGACUGCCGACCAGUGGUACACGGCCUUGGCCGAGAUGCACAUUGGACAACUCAUAUUCCAGCACAAUGACGCCGUCAGCUCCGAGGACGACUGUCGAAACAAGUAUGUGGCUCGGCAAGUAUUCCGCAGGCUAGCAAAGCAAGGCAAACUCUCCACCUUUGGUUUCGAACAAGACGGCUGGUCGGCUCAAUCAUGCAAGAUUCUAGCCUCUACCUUGUGUCCCGCCCCUCCUGGCACACACUCCUUCCGGCUUUGGGGCGACGAUUUUCGCGCCGGCAACAUUCUCCUGACUGAAUCAGAUGAGAUUGCCGCCCUUAUCGACUGGGAAUUCACCUACGCUGCGCCCACGCAGUUUAUUCUCGAUCCGCCCUGGUGGCUCCUCAUUGAAACCGCCGAGAUGUGGUCCGCCGGAAUGGACGACUGGGUCAACGCGUACCAUGUGCGUUUGCAGACGUGGCUCGUGGCGUUGGAAAAGGCAGAAGCAGACGCGACGGGGUCGAGUCAUUUGCCGCAGCCGCUGUCGAGGUAUAUGCGGGAAAGCUGGGAGACGGGACGGUUUUUUCUGAGCUAUGCAGCCAGGAAGAGUUGGGCGUUUGACGCCGUGUAUUGGAAGUUUCUGGACGAGAGGUUUUUUGGCGCUCGCGGAGACGGCGUUGCCAGGGGCGACUUGUGGAGGACAAGAGUUCACUUGUUGAAUGACGGCGAGAGGGAGGCCAUGGAGCCGUUUGUGGAGAGAAAGAUGGAGGAGAUGGGAGAAUGGCGCAUUGUGGACUGGGAUCCGGAUGAAGCGAAGCGGCGAUAUUCUGCGCUUCUGUUUGAUUGA